AUGGACGUCCAGCCAACGAAUGGCAAGUCCACCGAAGACCUCGCACUGAAUGACGACAACUCUUCAACAAAUACACCACAAACGAACAAGGACGUCAGGAGGGUGUCGCGACUGAUCUUGGAUAUCAUUUUCGAAUAUGCACUCAACAAAUUCGACGACUCAAAGGACCGACUGGAGGCUGGUGCGAGUAACUUCUUGUCAGUCAUUGAUCAAUUCGUUGCAGCAGGGAAACGUGUGGACACAUGCCUUCCAGCAUUCCCUUUCAAAUCAGCAAACAAGGUGUACAAGGUGCUGGGUAGUCUACCAGACAUGGCUGAAGAGCUAGCUCUUAACCGGCUGAAUACCAUGUGCACGCGGAUACGCGAAGUAUACUCACCUGGCGCCCAGGUUACCAUUAUCUCCGAUGGUAUCACAUACAAUGAAACAUGGCUAAUCAAGGCGGUACCCGGUUUCUAUGCGUUAUUAGAUCUGUUGUCCAUAUCUGAUCAGGAUACUUGGGCCUACGGAGAAGCUCUACGUAAGAUGGCUAUCCAGAAGAAGUUUGGCUACAUCAACUUUUCUAGAAUGAGAGACCUGCUCGAAUUUCCUCUGCCAGAAAAGCUGACGGAAAUCACCUACGUUGCCAACUGUACGACCUUCCGCCGAUUGCUUAUUAACAGGUACGGCCGCGACGACCUCAACAUCGAUCAUGAGAUUGCGACAAACCCCGAUACGAAGCUGACUUAUCUCGGCUACAAACGAUUUUUGGAGUCGGAUUUGAAAUACAUCUUCCCUCGGGGCGCGGAUCGAAGUGCCCAUAGCUAUAAGAGGGAUUGCAAGUAUCUCGCCAAGCAGAUGCUAAUGCGGGGAUAUGCUUUUGCAGGCGCGGUCAAAAAUGCUUUCCCGAACUACUUGCGCCUUUCUAUCCACGAAUCGGUAGGCCUGAACAAAGUAUCGAUAUGCCUGCUUAACACCAAGACCGGAUUUACAACCCCAUGGCACUGCACCGUAGCUCAGCUGGCCGAUGGGGAAUGGAUAAGCGCCCCUAUGGGCGAGUUCGCCAAAGACAGCCGGCUGGAACUUAUCCAUGUAGACGGCCAACCCAGCUACUACAAGGAGAAGCCACGCGAUAAUGGCACUCUUGCCAUCAGUGAGUCAACGGCAAGUUAUUUCCAAGAAGCUAGACCACUCAGCGCCAGUGGAUAUCUCAGCGGAGCGUCCACGCCCGGUACAGCAUCACCCAGCCGCUUCUCCGGUUCACCGCCUAGGACGACCACGAGAAGCAGCGAAGCCACCACUCCAGAGGCUCAAUCCCCUCCCACGCUUGCACGGAGCGGCUUAGGCGUCGUGAUGGAGACAAGUUCGAGUACUAUUUCCUCCCCAGCGGAAACCAAUGGGACGCCUUCAAAGCCUUAUGGCAAAAGGCUCAUCCCUCGGAUCAUGGAUGACCUCGCAGCUGCUGAGCCAGAACGCAUUGUCUUCUCCCUAGCGACACUCUCCGGUGAUGCACUCCAGUUUAGAAAAAUUACCGCUCACGCCUUCAACAAGGCUAUCGACAAGACCGCUUGGUGGCUUCGCGGUCAGAUUGGCAGCACUGACUCGGUCCAGCCUGUUGGUUACAUUGGUCCUCGUACUGACUUUAUGGUUUACAAAGAUGAUCUUCGGCACGUUCUGUUAACAUAUGCGUGUGUCAAGGCUGGAUAUGCGGCCUUAUUUCUCUCGCCCAAAAAUAACACAGAAGGCGCACUAUCAGUACUUGAAACCACAAAAUGCAAUAUCUGGGUCAGCGCUGGCGAUGAACCACAGGAACCUUUGGUGGAAGAGAUCUUGCAAAAGCGCUCUAUGACCCAUUUGCAGCUGCCUCUCCUCGACGAGCUGCUUGACGCCGAGUCUUCUGAGCCGUUCCCCUAUACCAAGUCAUUUGACGAAGCGAUAAACGAGCCCUUCUGUUACCUACAUACCUCUGGGAGCACAGGAGUGCCCAAGCCUAUUCCUUGGUCUCACGGAUUGAUUGGAACUAUGGAUGCUGUUCGCCUGCUGCCGCCUGCGAAGGGCUACGAAGGUCUGGCUCCAUGGACUACCGGCUGGGAGGAAGGCGAUACGAUCUACUCGUCAUUCCCUAUGUGUCACGGCGCUGGAAUUAUCAUGAACAUUCUGAUGCCAGCCUUCUUUAACUUGCACUGCGUAUUGGGACUCGCCGGCGCUCUGCCCAAUAUUCGACUGGUGGAAACUCUUGCAGACAAUGUUAAGAUUGAUAUCUGGAGCAUGGUUCCAUCCCUUGUCAACGAAAUUGGUGAAACACCUGAAGUACUGGCAAAGCUCAGGCCGUCCAAAUUUAUAUGCGCAUCUGGCGGCCCCGUCAGCCCAGUCAGCGCCGGCAAGGUCAAUGAGGUGGUACGAGUAUUGAACUUGACCGGUACAACAGAGGGACUAUUCAUUGGUAAUCUCGUGACUUCACGAGAGGAUUGGCACUGGUUCUGCUUCCACCCCUACUCCGGCUUCGAAUUCAAGGAAAUUGGGGAGAAUACUUACGAGCACUGGGUGCAUCGCAAUGAGCACUGGCCUCUCUUUCAGGGCAUCUUCCACACCUUCCCAGACAAAGAGUCAAUUAACUUCAAGGACUUAUACAUUCGACAUCCUACGAAGCCGAAUCUAUGGGCCUUCAAGGGAAGAAGCGAUGAUCUAGUGGUGCUAUCUAAUGGAUACAAGAUAACGCCCCUAGAAACAGAGGCAAUGGUCACUGUUCAUCCUGCAGUCAAAGGAUGUCUUCUAUUUGGAACCGGAAAGCCCCAAGCAGGUCUGCUUAUCGAUCUAAAGGACCCAUCGGAGAAGUCCGACGAGCUUCUUGACAGUAUAUGGGAAACAGUCAAGAAGGCUAACUCGAUGUCUCGCCAUAAAGAUCAGCUUCUGAAAGACUUUGUUACAAUUACAAAGCCUGGGAAGCCCUUUAUCUACACCGAUAAGGGAACCGUAAAGCGAGCGGCUACCCUAGCACUCUAUGCCGACUAUAUCGACCGUUUCUACAGCUCACUUAGUGAUGAAGAUCUUGAAGAUAUCCCCCAAGUUGAUGUCAGCUCAAAUGAUUCAAUCCAAAGUUACAUUCGCGAAAUCCUGAUCUCCUCGCUCCCCAAUAUCCGAGAAGCCUCUCCAGACCUGGACUUGUUUGAGCUCGGGCUAGACUCCCUCGGCGUCUUCGCAGCUAUUAAGAAGAUUCGGGCUGCUACGGGUCUAGGUGAACAGAUUGCUCCUCGCCACGUCUAUGCCAACCCUACCAUCACCAGUCUCUCUGCUACUAUUGCACGUCUAGCGGUCGAGGCGAAGGCUGAGCGUGAGACGGCCUUGUCCGACCAGCCUGUCGACAACGAAACUGCCCAAUUGAAGACCAUUCUGGCCCAACACAAGGCGCGGCAAUCAUUCCCAUUGAAUGCCCUCGACUACGUCAACCCAAAUCACAAUAUGGGCCUAGUGUUCUAUUUCUCUCUGCGCGAUGGCGUUAGCUUUGAGCGAGUAUUUACCAAUCUACAGGAGGGGCUCAACCGUACAUUCGACCUAAUCCCGGCGCUGAGUGGUAAGAUAAUGAACCGUUCAGAGCAAGAGAUUGGUUAUAGCAAGGGAGAUCUCUGUGUCACCAUCCCCCCACUGUCCAUGGCAGCCUCUGCCCGCAAUCGUUUGGUUUACAAGGACCUCUCUGAUAUUCUCCCGCCCUUCGACGAGUUACGCAACACAGACUUCGCGCCGUCUACCUUCAAGGACAGUCUCGUUCUACGAGAUGAUCCGAUCACCAAGAUUCCUGCUAAUAUCUUCGCUGGACAAGUCAACUUUGUCCGAGGUGGUUGCAUCCUUGCCGUCGAUCUAAACCAUUGCUGCCUAGAUGGCCUCGGCGCCAUGGUCGCUAUCAAAGCCUGGGCUGAGAACUGCAGAUAUCUGCAGGGCGAUAAAUCGGCAACAUGCAACUGGUACGAUCCAGAGAGUUUCAACCAUAGCCUCCCAGAAAUUCUUCAUGAGCAAGAAGGCUGGGUCAAACCGGUUGAUGCGGUAGAUCCAGGUACAUGGGGCUUUCUUCCAUUCUUCCCCCCAGACGACGAGUCUGUCCCUACGAAACUUCCGAAAGACGGAGCUCUGACCCCUCGGCCCAUUUUCCCCCUGCACAAUGUCUGGCCGCUACCUCGCGCCGAGAGAUGCAUGAAGACGACCUUAUUCCUAGUCACACCUGAGAAGCUAGAGAAAAUGAAGCAGGAUGUGAUAGCUGACCCCCAGGCCAAGGGUGUCAUCACGUCCAUCAGUGACAUUGUACAAGCCUUUUUCUGGCGCACUGCCAUCAGGGCACGAUAUCGUGUGGCCAAGGAGAUGCGCAAGGAGACUUUCGGACCGGAUGACAUGUCCAUUCUUGAGCUGCCCACUGACGGUCGCCCAUAUUUCUCCUCAAGGCUACCAUCGACAUACAUGGGAAGCGUGCUUAUUCUCAAUCGAUGCAGCAUGCCCGUUGAGACACUCUGCUCCCCUGAGACAAGCAUUGGGCAUGUCGCCUACAUGCUCCGCCAGUCUACCGCCCGCAUUACCCCGUCGCUCGUGCAUGACGCCUUCACGAUUUUACAGUCCCUUCCUGACCACAGUAGAUUCUCGACUGCUAACAUGGGUCUUGAGCACAUGCACGCCAUGAUUUCCAAUAUGAUGCUAUUCCCGACAAGCGAAAUCAACUUUGGAGACAAACUCUUCGCCAACAGUGGCUCGCCUGAGUCAAUGCGUCCGCAAGUUGAGCGUGCUCAUGGGAUUUUCCGUUUCCUGGCCAUCUAUCCAAUGAAGAAGGACGGAGGAGUGGAGCUGGUCUUGGGAACGCACCGCGAGGAAUUGGAGAUGUUUAAGACGGACGAGGAGUUCAUGAAGUAUGCGGAUCUUGUGGACACCACUUGCUGA